AUGGCGUUGCAGGACGAAUGCAAGAUACAGGGCUACUUGACAGUGAAGUCAACGUUGAACACGAUGAAAGCCCACGGCUAUGGCAUCAAACCAGGUUCUGUUGAGCGAAAAGGAGGAGGCAUGGAUAUUGGAACUCUGACGUUUGAAGCGGAGAAGUUGGACCAACGCCUGUACGGCAUAGUUCCUUCCAUUUGGUCAGAACCCUCGACCGGCCUGGUGGUCGCCGCCGCUCUGAGUGCUUUGAUGGUGCUAGGUGUGGCCACAGUGCUUGUGAUUGCGCGGUGGCAAAGCCGCCAGCGUAUCAUUGCUUCAGUUGCAAUCGAGCAAGGCGCUGAGCAGAUGCUAUCAGAAACCGAUGAGGCCUAG